CCAUGAUGGCGACCUACAGCGACCGGGGCGGAGAGGAGUCACGUGGUUCGCGGGGGACUUUUAUAGAGCGCGCUGCCACGCCCACUCCAGCUCUCGCGAGAUCUCGUCUCGCGCUUCCCAGAAGGCUCCACGCUAGUGACGUCAUCAGGCGUCCUUCAGCGCUGACUGAAGAUGGCGUCCGCUACUCGCCUUAUCCAGAAGCUACGGAACUGGGCUUCCGGGGUGCGCGGGGAGGACUGGGCCGCGCCGGGAGGGAUGUGGGCGCUGUGCGCCCGCAUGACCUGCAGGCGAAGCUGCAGCUGCGGUACCAGGAGAUCGCCAAGCGGACACAGCCCCCUCCCAAGCUGCCUGUGGGCCCCAGCCACAAGCUGUCCAACAAUUACUACUGCACGCGCGAUGGCCGCCGGGAAGCCGUGCCCGCCUCGGUCAUUAUGUCCUCACAGAAGGCGCUGGUGUCAGGCAAGAGAGCAGACAGUUCUGCCGUGGCAGCCACCGAGAAAAAGGCUGUGACCCCCGGUCCUCCCUUGAAGAAGUGGGAGCUGUCCCAGGACCAGCCGUACCUGUGAUGGAGUGCUGGUCCCCUGGCCAGGCCCCCAGGGUUGCCUGCCUGCCUUCCUCCUUGGAUCCCCUAUGGGGAGAGCGCACCCUAAUAUGUGACAAAUACACAGAACUCUACCACA